AUGGAAAAUGAAAAUGUUAGAAAAGUAGUUUUUGAAGGAGAUGACAACAAUGAACAGAUUGGCAGAGUAGAUUCAGAUACAAAGUGGGAAGAAUUCAACUUGAAGCAGAAUCUACUUAAAGGGAUCUAUGCUAUGGGAUUUGAGACGCCCUCCUUCAUUCAGAAGAAGGCGGUACCGUGUAUCGCAAGUGGGUCGAACAUUAGAGCUCAAGCACAGUCAGGAACGGGUAAAACAGGAGCAUUUGUUGUUGGUACUCUCGAGAGGAUAGAUGAUCAAAUGGCAGAGACCCAAUGUCUUGUGAUUGUAUCGACGAGAGAAAUUGCAAAGCAAAUACACCAUAACUAUGAGAGUAUUGGAAAGUACAUGAAUGUGAAUACGAUCCUGCUGACGGGUGGACGUAAUAGGAGUGAUGAUGUGAAAUUGUUAAAUGAAAGGCCAAAUCAUAUAAUUGUUGGUACACCGGGACGAAUUUGUGAUUUGUUAGAAGACAAGAUGAUUAAAGCAGAAUUUAUAAGAAUACUUGUAUUGGAUGAGGCAGAUGAGAUGUGUAAGGAGGGAUUUAUCUUGCAAGUGAGAUCGAUCUAUGAUUAUUUAAAUGCAGAUACAUUGCAAAUAUUGUUUUUUUCAGCAACAUAUUCAUCAGAGGAGUUGAAGACAAUAUCGAACAUAGUAGAGAAUCCUGUGGAGAUUGAUCUGAGAAAUGAUGAGUACACUCUUCAGGGAAUCAAGCAGUAUUACGUUAAUAUUGGGAAUCAGUUUGGGGGGAAGUUUUCAAUCGAAAAGAAGAGACAAGAGUUGAUCUACAAAGUUCAUACUCUGAUGCAUAUCUUGGCAGGACAGUCACUCUGUCAGAUUAUGGUUUUUAUUAGAAGGAAGGGAGAUGCUCAGGAUGUGUAUUCAGUUUUGGACCAGAACAAAUAUUCCUGUACAUUGAUUUCAUCGGAGCUAUCACAGGAAAAGAGGGAGGCAGUUCUGAGUAACUUCAAAACAGGUAAGAAGCGAAUACUUGUUACAUCAGAUUUGUGUAAGAGAGGAGUUGAUAUUCAAGGCCUGUCGGUGGUGAUUUGUUUGGAUGUGCCACCAAUUGAUUCCAAAGAAGAUUUCAUUCACAGGGUGGGUAGGUCCGGUAGAUAUGGUAGAAGGGGUGUUGCACUACACAUUGUGAAUGAUUUUGAAUUUCAGAAUCUGAACCAGAUUUCAGAAUCAUUUGGAUCUACACUUGAGGCGUUGCCAAAGACGUUCUCGUUUAAAGAAUAA